UGAUAAAAUCUAUUUUUGAGGGCAGAUGGAAGUCACUGCAGUCUAUAAUUUCGGCUACAUCGUGAAGAAUUCAUAACGUGCAACGAAAUGUCAAGAAUCACGCAUUAUUUUCUGUUAUUGUUUUAUCUCAUUUUGUAUUUGACAUACGAUAGUGUGAGUAAAUCUUUACGGAAAAUGCCUGUGAUUGAGGCCAAUUUCACCAACGAUGAUAUCACUGAAACGCAACAUACCAUUUGUAAAAUUGCAACGGAAGAUGUAAUUGCAAAUGCACAUGCUACAACAGUACUUACUAAAUCGAAAAUAAUGGAUGAAAAAUUUGCAAGUCUAGAAGAUAGAUUAAUCAAAGAAUUUGCAAACAUUAAAUGGAUACUUAAUAACAUUCUGGAGCAACAGUCGAAUUAUUUAAAAAGUAUACAAAAUGCUAAUCUUUAUGACGCUAUAUCCGACAAUUAUUUAUCUCCGAGGCAAGAUGAGAUUGAUAAAGUCAACAACAGCAUGCAAAAUUUACCAAUAUUGAAUGGUUCAGUGAAGGCGUUCAUCUAUUAUUGGCAGGUAAAAAACUUCAAUAUGAUGCUGAUGAACUGGCAGACCGGUCGUUCGAUGCGCAGUUCUACCUUCUAUGCGGGUCAAAGUGGUUACGCCAUGUAUUUGAAAAUUACUCCGAAAUAUUUUCCCGACGGCACGGUCUUCGUAGGUGUUGGAUUAACUCGUGGUCGUUACGAUUCCGUUCUUGCGUGGCCGUUUCCAUACAGAAUCCGCCUCGAGGUAUUAGAUCAUUCUUUGGAAGGCGCACGUGAGGAUCGACGAUCUCGCAUUUGGGAUCCAAUUACGCUUUGUACGGAAGAUUUCUGGGGUAGACCAAGAACGGCAGAUAAUCCGGAAUGCGUCGGACUGAGUAUUCCCAGACGUGUAAUUCUAUCAAAAUCAUUAAUAAUAACCGCGUCUCAACGAUAUUUAGGAAACACCAGGUAUAUGUGGAAUGGAAGUGUGCUAAUAAAACUUGUCGUUUAUUUGUAAACUCUUUAAGAUAAGUGUAAUUACGAAGCAAUGUUAUCAAUAUAUUUGCUGCUAUUAAACCGCAUAUUAUAUCAUGAUUUGUUAUGAAAAAAUGAGAAAGAGCAAAGUCAAUAAAGUCAUUAUCUUGCA